GUGUUCUUUGUUCCCGUCUUGGCACCCAAUCUGCACCAUCACGGGAGCAUCGUGUACUUGAGCCAAUCCACCCCUCAGCUCAGCUUCUACUUCCACCGUAGCCAGUCACCAGACGCCCGACCCUAUGGUCCAGCAACUUCACGUCGUGAUUGUCGGCGCUGGGCCCGCCGGGCUGGCCGCAGCCCUGGCACUGACGCGCCAACCACCGCCAGACGUGCGGGUGCGCGUCACCAUCCUCGAGCUCCGGCCCGCGCCGGGCACGCUGGGCGGUGCGAUCAACAUGACGCCCCUCGCGCUCAGGUACCUCGACUCGCUGGGCUGCGGCGCCAAUGUCAGAGGGGCCGGCUCGAACACCAGCGUCCUGGACAUGCUGUCGCUGCGGACGGGCAGCAUCAUCGCCGGGCUGUGGCCGAACGCGGGCAACAUGCGGGUCGGCAGGCAGACGAUUGUCGAGUCGAUGCUAGACGCGCUGGCCGAGCAGCCGAGCGAGGGUCUCGCCAUACGCUUCGGCGUCACUGUGAAGACGAUCGAGCAUGUGGGCGACGACGACGGCGAUGGCUGCGUGCGAGUGUACCUCCACGACGCCGCGAGCAGCCGCGACGAGACGCUCGAGGGCGACGUGCUCCUCGGGUGCGACGGCAUCCACUCGUUCGUGCGGAGCAGCUUCGUCGAGCCCGGCCGCGAGAAGAUGUUCUCUGGCCGCGUCGGCGCGUACGGCUACGUCGACGUCACAACGCCCGGCGACGCCGAGCUCGUCAGGGCCGACGGCGCGCCUGCCGUCGGCGACACCACCAUGAUAUCAGGGCGGGCCGGGCACCUCCUCGUCACGUUCUUCGACAAGCCGCGCGCGCGGCUGUACCUGGCCGCGGUCCUGCACCGGGCGCAGGACCGUAAGUCGGAGGAGGCGAGGGAGGGGUGGAGGGUGGUCGGGAGCGACAAGCAGGGCCUGAAGAGGGAUAUCCUGGCGCUGUUCUCCGGAGGGCAGGUCAAGGGGCUCGAGGGCCUGCUCGACCGCUGCGAGGAGUGGUACUUCUUCCCGGUGUACAUGCUCCCGCCCAGGGGCGUGUGGUCCAAGGGCAGGGUUCUGCUCCUGGGCGACGCGGCUCAUGCGAUGCCGCCGCAGGGCGAGAGCACCGGCAUCGCCAUCGAGGACGGCGUGCUGUUCGCCCAUGUCUUCAGCAGAUGUGCUACCCGAAGCGUCCGGCGGCUGAUGAGUGAUUACGAGGCGCUCCGGAGGGAGCAGGUCGAGAAGGUGUACAGCCAGACGGUGUGGAGCUGGAAGCAGGGGGGCACGACGGCGAGCUGGCUCGGCAAUGUAGUCAUGGAGUGGCUUACGACGGCGGUUGUGUACGUGAUGAACUGGAGACAGGGUGAUCAUUUUGCAAGGGACGUGACCAAGAUGGAGCUGCCGGAGUGACGGACGUCCUGGGGGAGUGGGUGGUGGGGGUUUACUGGUAGCGAUAGCGUGGGAUGAAUACCAGGUUUGUUUGCCCUUUCUCUUCGUCGCUCCAUCUAUGAUGGUGCCUUUGGAACUGGCAGACACACGAGUUUGUAGGGUCAUGUUUAAGUUAUACGGCCGACCUUACUACUUCCCUAUGGCGAGCAUUGUGCCUGGAGCGGGAAACAGGGGUAAAAAGCCGAAAGACGUUGCUUUGGUAACAGUUGGGUCAAAAGGGAGGAGAGAAGCGAAGUGAAGAAUAUGACGUGAGUUUUGGGAACACGGUGUUACUCGCCCGACCGAGUGAUGGUAUGAUUUUGCCCAGCAUAUCGUAGCCUCAAGGACGUGACCCUUGGCGGGGUAAGAAACGAGGCCAUCCGAUCUAUUUUUAGCAGGGACAGAAAAGAUUACGUUCAUAGAUAUGCACUUCUUAAUCUUAGCGACGAAGAGCAAU